CCCACCAUGGCAGACAGUUGGUUUGGUCAUCAACUUUCCUGAUCUACCUCAACAGCUGUAAGUCUAAACUUGCAGCCCCUCAGUUGUACAGCAACUCAUAGUGAGUAGGGAAAAGGGGACUUGAAACUAGGACAGAGCAGUCUGGCCCCUUUCCCUAAGAACCAGAGGCACAGAUUUGCGACAGGGGAAGAGAAGACACUAGUCUUAGGUGGAGAGAGAAAAGGAGAAGAGACUCUGUGGGAAGCUUGCUGCAGUCAGGAAAGAAGGAAAUAAGCUCCUGGGACACAGACCAGUGUGUCCACAUAGCAGAACAUCCAGUUUUUAGAGAUUUUUUUUUUAAUUAUAUCAAAGGAAGAAUAUUCACUGAACAGAAAUUUCACUACCUGGAAACAUGCACAGGCGCACAAAGAUAAAGAUAGCCAUCUUUGUGCUGCUGGUGGGUAUGGCUUGCAUGUUCACAGCAGUGGUAACGGACCACUGGGCAGUGCUCAGCCCGCGGGUGGAUAAAAUCAAUCAGACCUGCGAGGCAGCCCACUUCGGCCUGUGGAGGCUGUGCAAGAAGCACAUCUACAUCAGCUCGGAAAACUACGUGGAGGGGCACGGCUGCGGACCCAUCAGCCUGCCUGGAGAGGAAAACUGCACGUACUUCAGACACUUCACUCCAGGGCAAGAUGCUGAGAUAUUUGAAUAUAAAACACAAAAAGAGUACAACAUCUCCGCUGCAGCCAUCUCCAUCUUCAGUCUGGCCUUCAUGAUCCUGGGGUCUCUCUGUUUGAUGGGAUCAUGCACCGGUAAAGGCAAAGGAAGAGACUACCUCCUCAAACCUGCUGGCAUGUUUUUUGCAUUUGCAGGUCUCUGUUCCUUUAUCUCACUGGAGGUGAUGCGUCAAUCAGUCAAACGCAUGAUCGAGAGCGAGGACACAAUCUGGAUUGAAUACUACUACGCCUGGUCCUUCGCGUGCGCCUGCACCGGCUUUGUCCUCCUCUUUCUCACUGGCAUCGCCCUCCUGAUCCUCUCCAUGCCCCAGAUGCCCAGGAAUCCAUGGGAGACUUGCAUGGAUGCCGAGCCGGAGCAAGUAGAGUGACAGUUAGACAGACAGGUGAAUACAGGAUGACAGUGUCUUUCGUUUUGAGUACAGAUGUUAGAUUCAUUUCAAGAACAAGAGCUGGCCAUAAAAUGGUACAGUCACGAUGACAGAAACUGGUUUGGGUGUGGAUGGACCAUAGCCAUGACGGGAAAUUUACCUCCCUGCAAUUAUACAGAAACUUGACUAUGGGUCUUUUGUCAUUUGAGUUUUGAGUUUCAAAUGUUUGCCUUAUCCUGUACGCCCACCCAGAAUGUAAAACAAAGCAGUCUUCUCCAACACCUCCUUAGAUAUGGUUCAUGAGCUCUAAUCUGACCCUGAGGCCUAAAAACCACCAUACUUCUCAGUAAGAGCCAACCUGGGCCAAAUACCAAUAGCAAUUAUUUUAUAACGCUUUUAGUAUGCUUCCAUUUUUCUCUACAACUCUAAUCUUUUACUGCCGGCAUAUAUCAAAAGGAAAUGUUAAAAAUGUUUUAUCACACAUCACUGUUAUGUGACCAUGACACCUUAGUUAAAAAGGUGUCAUGGUCAAAGGUGUUUUUUUUCAUUUACAUUUUGAGUGCACACAGUUAUGGCCUGACAUCAGCAAGUGACUUUAUGUGAUUUUAUGUAUGAUAUCUUGUACAUAUCUAAUGUUCGUCUGUUGAUUUUUGUAUGGGAUCGCUCAAGGAAUCACUUUCUUACAAGAAAUAACGAAUAAGUAAGAGAAGUCGAGACAUGUAUUCAAAUGUUAAGUUGUACAUUACAUUAAGAUUUAUAAAGAACCUUUACAUAUGGAGAAUGUCCCAUUAAAAUAGGAACUUUAAGAAUAAAUGACUGAUUUCAAGCAAAGCAGUAGCACAGAGCAGGUUUGUGUGUGUGUGUGGCAGGCUGAAUGCUAAACACCCACACAGUCUGCAGCACUGAUCGUGCUGGAAAAGGUUCAGUUCCAGCAGGUGCACACACUAGGCCAUUACUUUUUGUUGACAGCUUCCAAACCAAACUGAUACAAAAAAUUCUCUGUUCAUUUCCAUGCGUCAUCAUGACCCAUUUGAAACAUGCGGCGAAUUGGUAUUUGCAUCCGUCCAUGUUACUGCAUUUUCUCUGUGUAGAACAAAUGUAGAGAUCAUAGAAACCCACACUUUACUCCCAUGCAGACAGCUGCAGACUCAGUGUCAGCUCAGCUGUCACUGACUUUUAUUUCAAAUGUAAAAAAUAACAUGCUGUUUUGUUUUAGAAUGGUCAUUAGCUAGCCGAAACAUGCAAACACAGUGCAAAAAGAUAAUAUGACACCGUUCUGCACAUCAAGUCACUUACAGUAUACACUUUGACUUGCAGUUGGAGAAUGCAUUUCACCUGUAACUGUCAACAGUAUGAAUGACAAUGCUGUCAGUCAGUUAUAGCCCUGCGAACGCUAAGUCUUAAAGAACAUAUGAGAUUAAAAAACAAUGAGCAAAGAGGAAAUAUGGGCUGGUGUUGUAGAAAAACCUCUAUGAGCUGUUUACAGGGCAUUCACACCAUAUACCAUACUACACACCGUUUCCAAGGUAGAGCCAGUGGUGGAAGUACUCAGAUCUCUUACUAAAGUAAGCAAUACCACAGUGUAGAAAACUCUGUUAAAAGUAAAAUUUUAGUAAAGUACAAAAGUAUUAGCAUUAAGAUAUACUUAAAGUACAAAAAGCAAAGGUACUCAUUAGGUAGAAUGGCUCACUUCAGAAUUACAUAUAUUAUAUUAUUGGAUUAUAAUUAUUGAUGCAGUAAUAUGUAAAUCACUUUAAUGUUAUAGUUGUUAAAGGCGGGGGCUAAUUUGAAUUACUUUAUAUACUGUACUGCUGGGUAGCUUGUUAUUUUACUCCAGGAUCAAUAAAGUUUCAUCAUAACAACAAAGAAAGUAUGAAAGAAUUAUUCAGGUAGGGUAGAAUGAGGCUAAUGUGUAUAAAUACUUCUACUACAUCAAAAUUGGAAUAAUAAAAAAUGUGCAAAAAGCUGUUGUAAAGCUAAUAACCUAUGUAUGAUCUUGAAGUUGUACUGUAACUGUGGGUAUUCUGAGACACACUGAAUGUCUCAACCAGACGUGUUUUUACUUAGUUUGGCAUGACAUAUGAAAUAGCGGCUAUCCCGUGCAUGUAGAGGUUUAUCAGUUAAUAUAUUUGAAUUUUUUAGCAAAACCUGCAGCUGUUCCGUGAGAGCUGCAACCAUCCAUGUUAUGAGUUUGUUCUGGGCAAAAGUCCAUUUAGUUUAUUUCUAUUUACAUUUCUUUUGACUUGGAUGUUUUUUGACUGACUGUUACUGAUACUGUGUAUUUGACUAAGAAGUGAAAUAAAAAAAUCUAAUAAAAAAACCAAACAGGAAUACUAAUAGCAGGGCAACUGCUGACAUGAAUUUCUAUAUUCUUAGUCUUUAUGUUUUUGUCUUUUUCAAUGAAUAUGGCAUGCAACAAGUUUUUGAAUGUAGUAGAUUCUGUGUGCGUGUGCUUGUUACGUGCUUAUGUGCUAUAACUUUGUAAUUAAAAUAAAAUCUUGAUCAGCUUUGGAAAA